GGAUGAUGCAUUGUUUGUAUCGAGAAGCUGCAGACAGGAAAACAUGUUGCUACUGCAAAGUUCUAGCUUGGCUCGAAAGUCCCCAUUGGUGACAUGAGCUGUCUCAUGCUUGGUGCCAAGAUGAAGACCAUCCUCAAUCAAUGCGUUGUUGGUCCAACGCAUUGCGAGGUCAACUCAACGGCAGACCUAUGCCGCAGUGGGCGCACUGUUGAUUGUGUGCAUGGUGACAACCAGGUAUCACUCUACCUUCCUGCCCAGCCCCUCUGGUGCGCGAGUGUCCGACGUGGUGGCCAGGGAUGCAGAGGGGCGCCGCCUCGUGCUGGGCUUGGCCGCGGCAAACGCCGUCUCGCAGAAAGCUGGCAUCGCGAAGGCCGACACCGAGGCCGACUUCGAUGUUACCCUGGCAGUGAAUCUGGGCGGUGACUCGCCCACCGAGGCUAGCUUCAAAAUCCGGGUACAUCCUGAAUGGGCGCCCAAAGGUGCCUCGCAGUUCAAAACGUUGGUGGAACGAGGUUGGUACGAUGACGCCGGCAUUUUUCGCGUAGUUCCAGGAUUUGUUGCACAGUUUGGAUUGCCUGGCAAACCUCAGAAGAGACUGGAGAACAUUCCAGACGACCCGGUGAAGGUUAGCAACAAGAAAGGAACCCUCGUGUUUGCAACUGCUGGCCCAAACACCAGAACAUCUCAAAUGUUCAUCAACCUCAAGGACAAUGCAUUCCUGGAUGGACAAGGAUUCUCGCCAAUCGGUGAAGUCGUGGAGGGAGGCAUGGACGUGGUGAACAAGUUCUAUGCUGGUUACGGGGAGCAACCCAACCAGGGUCAAAUCACGGCACAGGGCAACGCAUACCUGGAUGCCAAGUUUCCAAAGAUGACCAAGAUCAAGAAAGCCACGGUGGGUUGAACCUGAAUUCUCAAUACUUCUCAGAACAUCUAC